AUGGAUGAGGAUAAGGCCGAAAAGCGACGUCGCGCAACGCCAGCCGGCCUGAUCAGUAAUGGGUGCGCAAGACACUGCCUUGAAGAUGUCCGUCAUGCAAUCAAUUGGGCUGCCGAAAAAUCUCCGACAAUUCUUGCCGAAACUCUGAAAAGGGGAAUUCAGAGCGCUUGUCGAGAACUCGACGAGGAAAUUACCUUAUAUCUUGUCGCAGAGGCCAACGCUCCCCUAGAACAGAUUGAUCCAUGGCACCUACAUUUCAUGUCAUCCCUUCCUCUCUGGGAAGCAUUGAUCGAGCGUGGAUGGGACAUCAAUCGACGCAGCACUAAGCAAUCUGGUCUAAGGUAUCGACUGAUAGACUUUGUCUGCAAUCGGGAAAGGUUCGUUGUAUGGUUGAUUGACCACGGAGCUCAAUUAGACGAUGGUGAAAAGGAUACUUGUCAAUGCCCGCCCUUCUUCAAUCCGUGGCUGGGCAGGGAAUUUUGA